ACUUCAUAGCAGUUGUGCUUUUGUUUUUGUUUUUGUUUUUUGAGAUGGAGUCUUGCUCUUUUGCCAGGCUGGAGUGCAGUGGCGUGAUCUUGGCUUACUGCAACCUCCACCUCCCGGGUUCCAGCGAUUCUCGUGCCUCAGCCUCCCAAGUAACUGGGACUACAGGUGCGCGCCACCACACCCGGCUAACUUCAUAGCAGUUUUUAACAUGUAUAGAGAUAAUACACAGUCAUAAAGUGUGUACAGUGGAAAUCUUGGUUGAAUAUCUCCACUUGUUGGACCACUGUCGGUUUUUAAGUUCAUAACUUGAUGUGAAGUGAUCCAUAUAAUAAAUUUUUCUUUUGGAAGAGCUUUGAUAUAUAGUGCUUUGAGUUCUAUGCCAUGUCACUUAAUAAAUCUCAAGUAUGUAACAAGUAUUUUCUACAAAAUUUCAUUGAGUGCUAUUUAUACUAUAAGAGAGGGCACUAGAGAUGCAAAUUAAUGUCCUAUAAUCAAAUAAGUGCUAUAUUUUAAUUCAUUUCAUAUCUCCUAAACACCUGAAUUAAAAUCACAGAAAUUUCUAAACCAUCUAUAAUAAUACACUGUACAAAAACUGAGGUGAAGAAAAUAUGUUACUCCUCCUGUAGGAGACAGCUUUUAAAAAAUGAAAAUAUAUUAUCACUUUUAAGUUCCUACUAUCCUACUAUGUGACAAGAAUUGUGUUAGAUAAUUUGCAUGUCAUCAUAUCACAAUCCUUCUAGCCAUAAAGUAUCUCUCUUUUUUCCUUUACCUAGUUCUUACUCCUUAUCAUUGUGCUUGAGGGAAUUUGGCAUUGUGUGCUAUCACUUCGAUUAGGGGAACACAAGAUCCUUAACUGGGCAAUGUAUAGAAUAUUGAGUUGAAAAGCCAUACCUCUUCUCUGCAAGUGUCAGGAUCUUCAAAUGGGAAUUUGAUUUCUAUAAUAAUAAUAAUUUAAUAAAAGUGAUUUCUAGCAACAAAAUUUUUUAUCCCAUUGAAUUUAUUAUAACUUAAUUUACUUAUGUUAGAAAGUAUUUACAGUUAUAUAAUGAGGAUUUUCUUGAGUUGACUAAAUUUGAGGAAGAAAUUUGCCUUUAAUUGCUUUCCUGGGUUAACAUAUUUCAGAAUUUUUGCCACCUAAUGUAGUAUACUCUUCAUGAAAUUAAACCAGAAACCCACUAACAAGAAAGGUAAUUCACCUAUAGAUGCUGUGAGCUAAAAUGUUGUGAGUUGAUCUUGGUUAUUCUUUAUGGCCAUUCCCUUUUUUCCAAGAAAACUGGACCAUUUCUAGAAGGAAGUCAGAUCCUAGUUACAAACAUGUUGCAAGCAGAUUUAAAAAUCUCUACUCCUCCUUCUAUCUUAUUAUACUGAAAUUACAUAGUAAAUCUAAAUACAUACACUUAUACAUAUGGAUGGUAUGUAUGUAUGGAUUUAUGCUGAAGUCUGCAUUAUUAGAGAGCAAACUUGGGCCUAUAGCCAUUAAUUCAGAAACAACUGCUAAUUGUUUGACAGUUACAAAUUGACAUUGCCAAAAAGCAAACUUGGCCUAUUAUUGCUUUGUUCCUUUAAUAUUUCUCUUUUUAUUGUCCUCUUAAUAACACUUUUAUAAAUAUUGUGAUUUAUUCAGUUUCUAAUAAGUAAGCAUAUUUUUAUAUUACUUGAGUCAACAGAACAGCAUUUUGAAACUGUUCACAGAUUCUCAUUCAUAAGCUAAAUACUUAUAGAAAAUAGAUACAGUUACUGUUUUUAUGCAUUCUGUACAAUUUUGCCUAAGAAAUUAAUGCAUAGAAGUGGACUUUUUUAUAUCACCAACAAGAUUGAAAAUAUAAGCAAAAAAGUGUUUAUAACUAAUUGUUUUAUAAGAAAGGAACUUCACCUGUUUCUGUGAUAUUUUUUCCUCUGGAAUUCAGCCAUAAAAACGAAUGUAAUCUUGUCAUUUAUGGCAAUGUGGAUGGAACUGGAGGACAUUAAGUGAAAUAAGCCAGGAACAGAAAGUUAAACACUGCAUGUUCUCACUCAUAUGUGAAAGCUAAAAAAUGUUGGUCUCAUAGAAGUAAAAAGUAAGACAGAGGAUAGAUAAUAGAGGCUGGGAAGGGUAGGAGGAAGGAAGGGAUAGGGAGAAAUUUGUUGAAGGAUACAAAAUUUCAGCUAGAUAGAAGAAAUAAGUUCUAGUGUUAUAUACCACUGUAGGAUGACUGUAGUUAACAAUACUAUAUAGUUUCAGAUAGCUGGAAGGAAGAUAUUGAACAUUCCUAACACAAAGAAAUGAUAAAUAUUUAGAUAAUGGAUAUGUUAAUUACCUUGAUUUGAUUUCUGUACAUUAUGUGUAUCAGAACAUUAUCUACCCCAUGAAUAUGUAUGAUUAUUAUUUGUUAAUUAAAAAAAUAAAAUUAAAAAAAUCAUACAUGGGCCAGGCAUAGUGGCUCAUGUUUGUAAUCCCAGCACUUUGGGGGGCCGAGGCGGGCAGAUCACUUGAGGUCAGGAGUUUGAGAGCAGCCUAGCCAUCAUGGUGAAACCCCAUCUCUACUAAAAAUACAAAAAUUAGCUGGGUGUGGUGGCGGGUGCCUGUAAUCCCCAGCUCCUCAGGAGGCUGAGACAGGAGAAUCACUUGAACCUGGGAGGCAGAGGUUACAGUGAGCCGAGAUCAUGCCACUGCACUCCAGCCUGGCGAUAGUGAGAUUCCGACUCACAAAAAAAAAAAAACAAAACAAAACAUACAUAGUAAAAUGGUAGCAUUUUUUGAAUAUGAGUGGAAGCUACAUGAGUGUUUUAAAUAUUUCAUAAUUUUAAAAUCACUGGGUGCAAAUGACUAUAUGAGUAAAAGUGUCCGAUAAACUGUACUCUUAAAAACUAACAAAUAUAUGGGAUAUAUUAGAUACUUGAUGGAUUUAUAUUUGGCAUAAGUAAGGUUAUAUUCACUUUUCAUCCAUCAUUGCAUAUAUGUAUCAAGUAUGUGUGUACUGGCAGUAUUUAUUUAGCCCACUCAGGUAGAAUUUAUUCUUCCCAUAUAAUUACAGGGUAUUAUCAUCAACUAAAUUAAAUCAGAAAAUGAAUGAGAGAGCACCUCAAAGUACCAGGUCUAUACAGCCAUUCUCUAGAUCAAACUUACUUACAAACACACACACAACAUAUACAUAGUUUUAUUUAUUUGUUUAUUUUUCUCACAGAUGAGAUUAAUGUGGGCUUUGGAGUCAUAAAGACUGAAUUUGAAUCUAAUUGCUAUCAUAUCAUAUCUCCUAUAUAGAUGGACUCUUGGGAAAGUUAAAUAAAUUUCUAAUAAUAUUACCCUUGUAGUUAGACAAUAAUACCAACUUCUUCUUAAGGUUCUUAUGAAGAUAAAUAUGUAAAAUAACCGAACAUUUUCUGACAAGUAGUAAUUAUUGAAUAAACAUUGACCUCCUUCCCCAUGUGUUUCUAACCUCCUUUGUUAGUAAAGUUUUUUUUGUUUUUUUUUUGUUUUUUUUUUUUUGAGACAGAGUCUCACUUUUGUCAUCCAGGCUGGAGUACAGUGGUGCUAUCUCGGCUCACUGAAACCUCCACCUCCUGGGUUCAAGCGAUUCUCCUGCCUCAGCCUCCCAAGUAGCUGGGAUUACAGGCACCUGCCACCAUGCCUGGCUAAUUUUUGUAUUUUUAGUAGAGACAGGGUUUCACCACGUUGGCCAGGCUGGUCUUGAACUCCGGACCUCAGGUGAUCCGCCCACCUCAGCCUCCCAAAGUGCUGGUAUUACAGGCGUGAGCCACCAUGCCCGGCCAUUAGUAAGGUUUUAAAAAAUAGGUUCUCUUUAUAAAAAUUAGUUUUGAACUUUAUUUUGACUUUUUUUCUUUGCAUUCUCACCCAGUCUAUUUUUGGUCUUAUUUUGAAGUUUCGCACACCAGUCAAGAUGUAUAUAUAUGUGGGCCAUGGGAUAUACUUUCUGACUUUGUUAUUCUGUCAUGUUGACACUCUCUCAGUGGGAACCUGCAUUAGUCUGUUUUCACACUGCUGAUAAAGACAUACCCGAGACUAGAAAGAAAAAAAGGUUUAAUUGGACUUACAGUUCCACAUGGCUAGGGAGGCCUCAGAAUCAUGGCAGGAGGCAAAAGGCACUUCUUACAUGGCGGCAGCAAGAGAAAAUGAGGAAGAAGCAAAAGCAGAAACCCCUGAUAAACCCAUCAGAUCUCGUGAGACAUAUUAACUAUCACAAGAAUAGCACGGGAAAGACCAACCCCCAUGAUUCACAACACAUGGGAAUUCUGGGAGAUACAAUUCAAGUUGAGAUUUGGGUGGGGACACAGCCAAACCCCAUCAUUCUGCCCCUGGCCCCUCCAAAUCUCAUGUCCUCACAUUUCAAACCCAGUCAUGCCUUCCCAACAGUCCCCCAAACUCACUAACUCAUUUCAGCAUUAACCCAAAAGUCUACAGUCCAAAGUCUCAUCUGAGACAAGGCAAGCUCCUUUUGCCUAUGAGCCUGUAAAAUAAAAAGCAAGCUGAUUACUUCCUAGAUACAAUGGGAGUACAGGUAUUGGGUAAAUACAGCUGUUCCAAAUGGGAGAAAUUGGCCAAAACAAAGGGGUUACAGGGCCCACGCAAGUCCGAAAUCCAGUGGGACAGUCAAAUUUUAAAGCUCCAAAAUGAUCUCCUUUGACUCCAGGUCUCAUAACCAGGUCACGCUGAUGCAAGAGGUGGGUUCCCAUGGUCUUGGGCAGCUCUGCAUCUGUGGCUUUGUAGAGUAUAGCCUCCCUUCCAGCUGCUUUCAUGGGCUGGCAUUGAGUGGCUGCAGCUUUUCUAGGUGCAUGAUGCAGGUUGUCAGUGGAUCUACCAUUCUGGGGUCUGGAAGACAUUGGCCCUCUCCUCACAGCUCCAUUACAUAGUACCCCAGUAGGGACUCUGUGUGGGGUCUCCAACCCCACAUUUUCCUUCUGCUUUGCCAUAGCAGAGGUUCUCCAUGAGGGCCCCACCCCUGCAGAAAACUUUUGCCAGGGCAUCCAGGGGUUUCCAUACAUCCUCUGAAAUCUAGGCGGAGGUUCCCAAAUCUCAAUUCUUGACUUCUGUGCACGCACAGGCUCAACACCACAUGGAAGCUGCCAAGGGUUGGGGCUUCCACCCUCUGAUGCCACAGCUUGAGCUGUGUACAUUGGCCCCUUUCAGCUAUGGCUGGAGCAUCUGGGACACAGGGCACCAAGUCCCUAGGCCACACAUAGCAUGGGGACCCUGGGCCCAGCACACAAAACCGCUUUUUCCUCCUGGGCCUCUGGGCCUAUGAUGGGAGGGACUGCCACAAAGGUCUUUGACAUGGCCUGGAGACAUUUUCCUCAUGGUCUUGGGGAUUAUUAACAUUAGGCUUCUUGCUACUUAUGCAGUUUUCUGCAGCCAGCUUGAAUUUCUCCGUAGAAAAUGGGUUUUUCUUUUCUAUCGCAUAGUCAGGCUGCACAUUUUCCAUACUUGUAUGCUCUGCUUCCUUUAUAAAACUGAAUGCCUUUAACAGAACCCAAGUCACCUAAUGAAUACUUUGCUGCUUAGAAAUAUCUUCCACUAGAUACCCUAAAUCAUCUCUCUCAAGUUCAAAGUCCCACAGAUCUCUAGGGCAGGGGUAAAAUGCCGAUCUCUUUGCUAAAACAUAACAAGAGUCACCUUUACUCCAGUUUCCAACAAGUUCUUUAUCUCCAUCAGAGACUACCUCGGCCUGGACCUUAUUGUCCAUAUCACUAUCAGCAUUUUGGGCAAAGCCACUCAACAAGUCUCCAGGAAGUUCCAUACUUUCCCACAUUUUCCUGUCUUCUUCUGAGCCCUCCAAACUGUUCCAAACUCUGCCUGUUACCCAGUUCCAAAGUCACUUCUACAUUUUCUGGUAUUUUUUCAGCAACACCCCACUCCUGGUACCAGUUUACUGUGUUAGUCCAUUUUCAUGCUGCUGAUAAAGACAUACCCCAGAUUGGGAAGAAAAAAUGUUCAUUUGGACUUACAGUUCCACAUGGCUGGGGAGGCCUCAGAAUCACGGGGGGAGGCAAAAGGCACUUCUUACAUGGUGGCAGCAAGAGAAAAUGAGGAAGAGGCAAAAGUGGAAACCCCUGAUAAACUCAUCAGAUCUUGUGAGACUUAUUAUCUGUCAGAAGAAUAGCACAGGAAAGACCAGCCGCCAUGACUCAAAUACCACCUCCUGGGUCCCUCCUGCGACACAUGGAAUUCUGGGAGAUAAAAUUCAAGUUGAGAUUUGGGUGGGGACAUAGCUAAACCAUAUCAGAACCUUUGUAUAUAAAAGGAACAUUGAUAGAGGAUGAUGAAAUCAUAGGGAAGACUGACAGUUUCUGAAGGACUAAUUCUAUAAAGUCUGCUGUUUAAGAGUUCUUAAUAGUAUUUUUUUAAUGAAGUGAUUUAAGUUGCAUGGUUAAUGAUCAAAACUUCUGGUAGAGGCUGGGCACGGUGGCUCACGCCUGUAAUCCCAGCAUUUUGGGAGGCUGAGGCUGGCGGAUCACAAGGUCAAGAGUUUGAGACCAGUCUGGCCAACAUGAUGAAACCCUGGCUCUACUAAAAAUACAAAAAUUAUCUGGGCAUGGUGGCAGGCACCUAUAAUCCCAGCUACUCGGGAGGCCGAGGCAGGAUAAUCAUUUGAACCCGGGAGGCGGAGGUUGCAGCGAGCCGAGAUCACGCCAUUGCACUCCAGCCUGGGUGACAGAGUGAGACUCUGUCUCAAAAACAAACAAGCAACAACAAAAACAAAAAACAAAAAAACUUCUGGUAGAGCAAUUUAUGACUUCUGGUUUUUUGUCUAGGCAGUUUAUUUUGUCUACAGUUGGAUCUAAUGUACACUUUACUCCAGACCCAGGUCUAAAACCUGAUUGAUUAAAUCAGAAGUUUUCAAUGAUGCUGUAAAUGAUUUUUUAUUAUUGUUUAAUCAUAUCUUAAAAAAAACAAACGUAGAGCUGGGCACGGUGGCUCACGCCUGUAAUCCCAGCACUUUGGAAGGUUGUGGUGCAUGGAUCACCUGAGGUCAGGAGUUCAAGACCAGCCUGGCCAACAUGGUGAAACCCCAUCUCUACUAAAAAAUACAAAAAAUUAGCCAGAGGUGGUGGUGGGCGCCUGUAAUCCCAGCGACUCGGGAGGCUGAGGCAGGAGAAUCACUUGAACCCGGGAGGCAGAGAUUGCAGUGAGCUGAGAUUGCACCAUUGCACUCCAGUUUGGGCAACAGAGAGAGACUCGGUCUCAAAAAAAAAAAAAAGUAAAAACAUUGAAGUAGAAUUGGCAGGAAUGCCUUUAUUUUUUAAUCUAAAAUAUUUAAAAUUUAUUGUAGCGUAUUGAAGUGUCCUUCAGAUAACAUCCCUUGGAACUGUUUUUUUCUCUAAUUUUGAAGUUUAGUGAUACUCUGUUUUUAUCUUAAAGUGACAUUAUCUUUCAGUAGUACAGUGUUCGUCUCUGUCUCUCUCUCUUUUUAGCCUAUACUUCCUGGUAUAUUUGGCAGUGUAAUAAAUGUAGCUGUCAGCUAGUAUAAUUAUUCCCUUUUGUGUUUAAAUUAUUGGAGAUAGAAGAUUACAUCUGGGUAUUAGUCUCUUCAUUCAGUAUUGACAAGUGAUGGUAUCCAGUGGUACUUAAAUCAUUGGAUGAUGGAAAACAUAUUUUUCUUCCAUUAGGAAAGAAUUUUACAUGGACUUAAAAAUCAAAGUAUUUAAUGUGUAUAUAGUACAUGUUUUAUACACUGUGCUUAGAUCCUUUGGGUUGAAUUUUUGUUUGAAUAGAAAAAAAUUUUGUUUGGAUAGAACAAAAAAUACAUUUAAAACAUUGCUCUAAGUCUCAGGAUAAGCAUUUUAUUUUUCAGGGAGCACUCUUUAGUAAAUAUUAUAUGAGUGUAUUAAUGGUACUCUGAUAAGGUAGAAAUAAUUAUUUAAGGAGAAUUCAGAUUAAAAACUGGAGAGUAAUUGUUUUAUAACAUUAGAACCCUGAAUGGCAAUUUGAUGAACUGGAGAAGAAAAAGAUGUCUGCAAUAAAUCAGAAACAAACCCUUCAGCUUCAGCAGUAGUGCUCAUUAUUUAAAAAAAAAAAAUAGAGCCUCUAGGAUCAAACAUAUUAUACAAAGUAGCAUGUAUCAUUAAAAGUAUAAAUUGGUAUCUUUUUUAAGGGGAGUAUAAAGAAGUAUGUAGGAGUCAGUGUGGUCUGAAAAAUGGAAAGGUUAUUUUGCUGCUAAAAUAUAGGUAUUUUUACAGUGUAAGUGCAUCACUCAGAACAUAUCUUCUUCCACGCUUCAAAAGAGUUUGGGUAAGGGAACAGCCUGAAAAACACCUGAAAGAGAGAAUUCUGGCUUAUGGAUUAGAGAGCAUCUAUAAACAGAACAAAUUGGUGAAUAAGAGUUCACAAAAAUUUUGUCUAAGAAAUUUCCCCACAUGCAUUCAGAGGUUAAUUAAAUUUUUUGAAGUUCAUUUUAAAACAUUGCUUAUUUUAACAUGUAAACAUAUGUUGGGUGGGAAAAGUACAAAUGGGAGAUGGAAACUGUUUUAAUCAUGUAAAUGAUCAGCCCUACAAUUUUUGUUUUUUUAAUAAUCUGGAAUGCUUAUUUUAUAUGCUGGGAUGCUAGUUGUUUUUUCUAUUAAUACACUUAACUUGCAUUCUAGCUUCGCCAUUCAGAGACAGGCAUCGUGUGGUGGGUUGUGUGACAGUGUCUGUCAAUAGUGAAGACAAAUAGUGCCAGAGACACUUAACCCAUCCAAUCUCACCCAGGGUAUAGGUCGGUCUCGUUUUCAGACUUCUUCAUAAGUCCUUCUUUCUUUCUCUCUUCCUUUCUUUCUUCCUUUCUUACUUUUUGUUUGUUUGUUUCUAAAUAGUGGAUUGAUACUGAUUGAAACUAAAACUUUUUGUAAAGUUUUAAACUUUGCAUUAAUAUUAUAAGAAAAAGAAGAAAAGUAGAAAAUGAAGGUUGGCAUGUAAGGUGUCGACAAAGCAGGUUUGCAGCCACUUUGUGUGUUCUAGAUAUUUCAAUCUCUUGGCAACAUGAGUGUUGGCCUUACAGUUUUUUUCUCUGAAUAUCUUUCUUCUUUAAUCUGAAAAUAUGUCCUUGUAUCUGGUGACUUUUAUCAGAUGAGAACUUCAGAGUUGGUGAUUGUUAACAGUAAGAAAAAUAUAAUGCUUAAGAAGAAAUAACGAAGGUUGAACAUUAUGUGUUUUAGAUCAGAAAUAGUUUCUGGCCAGGCACAGUGGUUCACGCCUGUAAUCCCAGCACUAUGGGAGGCUGAGGCGGGCGGAUCAGCUGAGGUCAGGAGUUCGAGACCAGCCUGACCAACAUGGUGAAACCCUGUCUCUACUAAAAAUACAGAAUUAGCCGGGCAUGGUGAUGCAUGCCUGUAAUCCCAGCUACUUGGGUGGCUGAGGCAGAAGAAUCGCUUGACUCUGGGAGGUAGAGGUUGCAGUGAGCCAAAAUCGUGCCAUUGCACUCCAGUGGGGGCAACAGGAGCGAAACUCCAUCUCAAAAGAAAAAAAAAAAAGGCCGGGCGUGGUGGCUCACACCUGUAAUCCCAGCACUUUGAGAGGCCAAAGUGGGCAGAACACAAGGUCAGGAGUUUGAGACCAGCUUGGCCAAUAUGGUGAAACCCCGUCUCUACUAAAAAUACAAAAAUUAGCCAGGCAUGGUGGUGGGCACCUGUAGUCCCAGCUACUCAGGAGGCUGAGGCAGGAGAAUUGCUUUUACCUGGGAGGCAGAGGUUGCAGUGAGCCAAGAUUGUGCCCCACUGCAUUCCAGCCUGGGCAACAGAGUGAGACUCCAUCUCAAAAAAAAGGGAAAUUGUUUCCAAAUAUCUUUUUUUAGUGAUUAUUUUUUGAAUAGUCAAUAAUUUAUUCCUUCUUUGUUCCACUAUUUGUUCACUUAGCACACUUGCAAAAUUUUAUGGCUUUUUUUAAACUGGCUUUUUUAGAAAACUCAAUUUUGCACAGAUGUUGAAAAAUUAUAAAAUAUGUACAUAUUCAGAUGUUAGGGAUCAAAUUUUAAUCUUGGAAGCUUGGAAGUUAAAUAUCAUUUCUGUCAUAUAUUUUAAAGCAGUGAAAGGUAUUUCUUUCUUUUGAGGACUUCAGCAAAUAUUUCUAAUUUCAAAGCUUUCUAUUAAAAGUUUUUAGUUCCAUAUAAAGUAUAUCUUUUUUAUGAUAUUUUAAGCACUAAUAUAUUAUGGUAGUUAAAAUAAUUUCUAGUUGACAAAUCUAGAGCUGAUAGUUCUUAAGUUUAAAAUACAGUUUAAGCAAGGAGUAUAUAAAAUCUACAUGGGUUUCUAUAAAUGGUAUCAUUUAAAAUCUUAUUUCAGUCUGGGCACGGUGCCUCAUGCCUGUAAUCCUAGCACUUUGGGAGGCUGAGGUGGGAGAAUCCCUUGAGCCUAGGAGUUCAAAACCAGCCUGGGCAACAUGGUGAAACCCUAUCUCUACAAAAAAAUACAAAAAUUAGCCAGGUAUGGUGGCACAUACCUGUAGUCCUAGCUAUUCAGGAGGCUGAGGUGGGAUGAUCGCUUGAGCCCAGGAGGUCGAGGCUGCAGUGGGUUGUGAUCGUGCCCCUACACUCCAGCCUGGGCAACAGAGCAAGACUGUCUCAACAAAGAAAACAAAAAAGAAAGUAAAGAAAAUAAAUAAAAUCCUGUUUCAUCUUUUAUUAAAUUACAGAUUCUGGGAUAUUCAUAUUCCAUGUAGACAUUAUUUAAUAUCUGCCAGUCUUUGAAUCUCAACUGUUUUUGAGUAUUUAUAGUUUCCAUCAAUUCUUAAAAGAAGCUGUAUGUACAAUUCAAGUUCACCAUCGUUACUGGCAUUUGGUCUGAUAACUGGCUACUGUUAAUAGUGGCAAAUAGACUUAAAUACAGGAUACUUUACAUAUGACACUUACCUGCCUCUUUUAAAUUUUAAAAUUAUUCUAUUUAAAAUAAUCUGACAUUAUAAAUUUCUAUGAGUAAAUUAUAGAAUGGUCUAUUAAUUUUUCCUUUAGUUUGUUGUGCUUUCUGUGGUCACAGAAAAUGCUUUAGAAAAAAUAAAAUUAUUCUAGCCCAGGCACAGUGGCUCAUACCUGUAAUCCCAGCACUUUGGGAGGCUGAGGCGGGCAGAACACAAGGUUAGGAGUUCAAGACCAGCCUGGCCAAUAUGGUGAAACUCCGUCUCUACUAAAAAUACAAAAAUUAGCCAGACGUGGUGGCGGCGCCUGUAGUCCCAGCUACUCGGGAGGCUGAGGCAGGAGAAUCGUUUGAACCCGGGAGGCGGAGGUUGCCAUGAGCCAAGAUCGUGCCACUGUACUCUAGCCUUGGCAACAGAGCAAGACUGUGUCUCAAAAAAAAGAAAAGAAAAGAAAAAGGAAAAAAAAAGUAUUCUAUAUAAGUUAGACUAUAGGUUCAAAGAUAAUUCCUUCAUAAGAGAAAAAAAUCAAUAAAAUUUAUUCACAUGGCCAUGCACCAUGGCUCACGCCUGUAAUCUCAGCACGUCAGGAGGCCGAGGUGGGUGGAUCACUUGAAGUCAGGAGUUCGAGACCACCCUGGCCAACAUGAUGAAAUCCCAUCUCUACUAAAAUACAGAAAUUAGCUGGGCGUGGUGGUGGGCACCUGUAAUCCCAGCUACUCAGGAGGCUAAGGCGGGAGAAUCAUUUGAAACCUGGGAGGCAGAGGUUCCAGUGAGCUGAGAUCGCGCCACUGCACUCCAGCCUGGGCGACAGAGCGAGAGUCCCUCUCAAAAAAAAAAAAAAAAAAAAGAAUAUAUAGAUGGGUCAGAACUGCAUUCACACUUUGGUUCUAUAGAAUAUCAAGCUGUUUUUUGAUAUUUUAUUUAGUGAUACAGUGGUAUUCCCAGGAGGAUUUGUUAGCACUUUUCUGGGAAUGCUUGGAAAUGACUAAUUAGCAUUAGAAAUUUAAAAUGUUCUGAUAUCAUUAUUUUAUGUAUUUAUAUUUUAAUAGGAUAUUAAGGAUUUUUUUCAUGGUAAAUUUAUGGAUAUAUAAGUAGGUAAUUUGGCUUAUUUAUAAUUUAAGGAAAUAAAAUUACUAGAGUACUCUCGGUAGAGAUAGCAAAUCAUUACCUCUAGACUGUUAGUAUUUUCCCUGUAUCAAAUAAUGGUAUUGUAGUAAUAUAUAUUCUAAGUACUUUGAAUUAUAUUUGAAUAUAAAAGAAUAAAAAUUCUUUUAUUCUUCAACCUACAUUUAUUUGCCAGCUGAUCUUUAAUGUAACUCCAAAUACAUAUCAAAUUUUUGGCUUCCCAUAAAUCAGUUUAAUAAUUUGAAUUUUAUUACAAUGUGGGCACUGUGAUAGGUGUUGGGAGGAUCUAAGAUGAGAAAGAUAUUGUCAGUGCUUUCAAGUUGCUCACAGUUCUUACCCUCCAUUUUACUACCUCACAUGGCAUUAUUAAUUAAUGCACUCAGAUCUCUUGCUAACCAGAAUGUAAUGUUUUGAUAUGAAAGAUUUUAUACAUCAUUAUCAUCAUCAGAGUAUCAGUAGUACCAUGAUAAAGAAUUUUAGGCUGGGUGUGGUGUCUCACGCUUAUAAUCCCAGUACUUUGGGAGGCCAAAGCUGGAGGAUUGCUUGAGCCCAAGAAUUUGAGACCAGCCUGGGCAGCAUGACAAAACUUUGCCUCUACAAAUAAUUUAAAAAGUAGCCAGGCAUGGUGUUGUGUGCCUGUAGUCUCAGUUACUUGGGAAGCUGAGGCAGGAGGAUUGCUUGAGCCCAGGAGAUCAAGGCUGCAGUGAGCCAUGAUCGUGCCACUGCACUGUAGCCUGGGCAACAGAGCGAGACCCUGCCUCAAAAAAAAAAAAAGAAUUUUACAGUUUAAAAAAAUUAUUUCAUUUGUCUUAAAAUGAGUAGAAUCUUUGCAAUUGAGGUAGACUUUAAAAAGUAAUAUUUUUCUAUUAAAAGAUGGUUACUGUUCUCUUCUGACAGAGUUAAUAUUUUCAGUGUCAUAGUUUUGUGCUAACUUUUUCUUUAAUAAGUAUGCCCAGGAUCAAUCCUGCAGUUGUGCACACACAAUCGUGUGUUAGCUGUCCAUGGAAAAUGUAUAGAAUAUUUAAAUUUAUGUAGGAUAUGAUAUCACAGUUUGGCAUACUUACCCUAGAACACACACUUAUGUCUGACUGUUAAAUCAGUUGGGUUUUAUAAUCAUUACGGUUUUGAUAUUUGAUAAGAUUUGCAAGAUAAAAUUUUUUACCUCAGAGAACAAGACAAGGUUAUAUCGUGCAUAUUAAAUUCAUAAUACCAUAUAACUUGCUUUUGGGUUCAUGAUUGCUUUUCACCUGUACUUUCCAUCUGUCAUGAACAGGGAUCCCUGAGAUGUUCAUACUCUGCAUUCUCAUGUGCAUGAUCCUUAGAUUUAAAAAGGGAUUUGCCUCUGAAGCAGGGAGUGUCUGCAUUAAAAAUGACCUGUAGUUCUCUGCUUCAUAGAUGCUUCUUCAGCUCCCUCCUCUUCCUCCAUGGGCGGUGCUUGCAGCUCCUUUACCACCUCUUCCAGCCCUACCAUUUAUUCUACCUCAGUCACCGACAGCAAGGCUAUGCAAGUGGAGAGCUGCUCCUCAGCCGUGGGGGUAAGUAACAGAGGGGUAAGUGAAAAGCAGUUAACCAGUAACACAGUUCAGCAGCAUCCAUCAACACCGAAGAGGCACACAGUCUUGUACAUCUCACCACCACCUGAGGACUUGCUGGAUAACAGUCGGAUGUCCUGCCAGGAUGAGGGGUGUGGAUUGGAAUCUGAGCAGAGCUGCAGUAUGUGGAUGGAGGAUUCCCCCUCCAACUUCAGUAACAUGAGCACCAGUUCCUACAAUGAUAACACUGAGGUACCUCGUAAAUCACGAAAACGAAAUCCAAAGCAGAGGCCGGGGGUCAAACGACGAGAUUGUGAAGAAUCUAAUAUGGAUAUAUUUGAUGCCGACAGUGCCAAAGCACCUCACUAUGUGCUUUCUCAGCUUACCACGGACAACAAAGGCAACUCAAAAGCGGGAAAUGGAACAUUGGAAAACCAAAAAGGAACUGGAGUAAAGAAGAGCCCUAUGUUGUGUGGACAAUAUCCUGUUAAAAGUGAGGGAAAGGAGCUGAAGAUAGUUGUACAACCUGAGACACAGCACCGAGCUCGGUACCUGACUGAGGGCAGCCGUGGCUCAGUAAAAGAUAGAACACAGCAAGGCUUUCCUACAGUAAAGCUGGAAGGCCAUAAUGAACCUGUAGUGUUGCAAGUGUUUGUGGGCAACGACUCUGGACGAGUGAAACCACAUGGAUUUUAUCAGGCCUGCAGGGUAACUGGACGAAAUACAACUCCUUGUAAAGAAGUGGACAUUGAAGGCACUACUGUUAUAGAAGUCGGCCUUGAUCCUAGCAACAACAUGACACUGGCGGUGGACUGCGUAGGGAUAUUGAAAUUGAGGAAUGCUGAUGUCGAAGCCAGAAUAGGAAUUGCUGGUUCCAAGAAGAAAAGCACUCGUGCCAGAUUGGUUUUUCGAGUUAAUAUCACGAGGAAAGAUGGCUCCACUUUGACACUGCAAACACCCUCUUCUCCAAUUUUGUGUACUCAGCCAGCAGGAGUGCCAGAAAUCUUAAAGAAAAGUUUGCAUAGCUGUUCAGUGAAAGGAGAAGAAGAAGUGUUUUUAAUCGGCAAGAACUUUCUGAAAGGAACUAAAGUUAUUUUCCAAGAAAAUGUUUCUGAUGAAAACUCUUGGAAGUCAGAAGCUGAAAUUGAUAUGGAACUAUUUCAUCAGAAUCAUCUUAUUGUGAAGGUUCCCCCCUAUCAUGACCAACAUAUAACUUUGCCUGUGUCAGUGGGAAUAUAUGUAGUGACGAAUGCUGGAAGAUCUCAUGAUGUUCAACCAUUCACUUACACUCCAGACACAGCAGCAGCUGGUGCUUUGAAUGUAAAUGUGAAGAAGGAAAUAUCUAGUCCAGCAAGACCUUGCUCUUUUGAAGAGGCCAUGAAAGCAAUGAAAACUACUGGAUGUAAUUUAGAUAAGGUAAAUAUUAUCCCUAAUGCCCUGAUAACUCCACUCAUACCAAGCAGUAUGAUUAAGAGUGAAGAUGUUACUCCAAUGGAAGUAACAGCAGAAAAAAGAUCUUCCACUAUUUUUAAGACUACAAAGUCUGUUGGAUCAACUCAGCAAACAUUAGAAAACAUCUCAAACAUAGCAGGAAAUGGCUCUUUUUCAUCACCAUCAUCUUCCCACCUACCUUCUGAAAAUGAAAAACAGCAGCAGAUUCAGCCCAAGGCAUACAACCCAGAGACCCUGACAACUAUUCAAACCCAGGACAUCUCACAGCCUGGUACUUUUCCAGCAGUUUCUGCUUCUAGUCAGCUGCCCAACAGCGAUGCACUAUUGCAGCAGGCUACACAGUUUCAGACAAGAGAAACUCAGUCUAGAGAGGUAUUACAGUCAGAUGGCACAGUGGUUAAUUUGUCACAACUGACUGAGGCGUCACAACAACAGCAGCAGUCACCACUACAAGAACAAGCACAGACUUUACAGCAGCAGAUUUCAUCAAAUAUUUUUCCAUCACCAAAUAGUGUGAGUCAGCUUCAGAAUACUAUUCAGCACCUGCAAGCAGGGAGUUUUACAGGCAGUACUGCUAGUGGCAGCAGUGGAAGUGUUGACUUGGUCCAACAAGUUUUAGAGGCACAGCAGCAGUUAUCUUCAGUUUUAUUUUCUGCUCCAGAUGGUAAUGAGAAUGUUCAAGAGCAGCUUAGUGCAGAUAUUUUUCAACAAGUCAGUCAAAUUCAGAGUGGUGUAAGCCCUGGAAUGUUUUCCUCAACAGAGCCAACAGUCCAUACCAGACCAGAUAAUUUAUUACCUGGAAGAGCUGAAAGUGUUCAUCCACAGUCUGAAAACACGUUAUCUAAUCAACAGCAGCAGCAGCAGCAACAGCAAGUGAUGGAAUCUUCAGCCGCAAUGGUGAUGGAGAUGCAACAGAGUAUCUGCCAGGCAGCUGCCCAGAUUCAGUCAGAGUUAUUCCCUUCAACUGCUUCAGCAAAUGGAAACCUUCAGCAAUCGCCAGUUUACCAGCAGACUUCUCACAUGAUGAGUGCAUUGUCUACCAAUGAGGAUAUGCAAAUGCAGUGUGAAUUGUUUUCUUCUCCUCCUGCAGUUUCUGGAAAUGAAACUUCUACAACUACCACACAGCAGGUUGCAACCCCUGGCACUACCAUGUUUCAGACAUCAAGUUCAGGAGAUAGAGAAGAAACUGGAACCCAAGCAAAACAGAUUCAGAACAGUGUCUUUCAGACCAUGGUCCAAAUGCAACAUAGUGGGGACAAUCAACCUCAAGUUAACCUUUUUUCAUCCACAAAAAGUAUGAUGAGUGUUCAGAAUAGUGGUACCCAACAACAAGGUAAUGGUUUAUUCCAGCAAGGGAAUGAGAUGAUGUCACUUCAAUCUGGAAAUUUUUUGCAGCAGUCGUCUCAUUCACAGGCCCAACUUUUUCAUCCUCAAAAUCCUAUUGCCGAUGCUCAGAACCUUUCCCAGGAAACUCAAGGUUCUCUCUUUCAUAGUCCAAAUCCUAUUGUCCACAGUCAGACUUCUACAACCUCCUCUGAACAAAUGCAGCCUCCAAUGUUUCACUCUCAAAGUACCAUUGCUGUGUUACAGGGCUCUUCAGUUCCUCAAGACCAGCAGUCAACCAACAUAUUUCUUUCCCAGAGUCCCAUGAAUAAUCUUCAGACUAACACAGUAGCCCAAGAAGCAUUUUUUGCAGCACCGAACUCAAUUUCUCCACUUCAGUCAACAUCAAACAGUGAACAACAAGCUGCUUUCCAACAGCAAGCUCCAAUAUCACACAUCCAGACCCCUAUGCUUUCCCAAGAACAGGCACAACCCCCGCAGCAGGGUUUAUUUCAGCCUCAGGUGGCCCUGGGCUCCCUUCCACCUAAUCCAAUGCCUCAAAGCCAACAAGGAACCAUGUUCCAGUCACAGCACUCAAUAGUUGCCAUGCAGAGUAACUCUCCAUCCCAGGAACAGCAGCAGCAGCAGCAACAGCAGCAGCAACAGCAGCAACAACAACAACAGAGCAUUUUAUUCAGUAAUCAGAAUACCAUGGCUACAAUGGCGUCUCCAAAGCAACCACCACCAAACAUGAUAUUCAACCCAAAUCAAAAUCCAAUGGCUAAUCAGGAGCAACAGAACCAGUCAAUUUUUCACCAACAAAGUAACAUGGCCCCAAUGAAUCAAGAGCAACAGCCCAUGCAAUUUCAGAGUCAGUCCACAGUUUCCUCACUUCAGAACCCAGGUCCUACCCAGUCGGAAUCAUCACAGACCCCCUUGUUCCAUAGCUCUCCUCAGAUUCAGUUGGUACAAGGGUCACCUAGUCCUCAAGAGCAGCAAGUAACACUCUUCUUAUCUCCAGCAUCCAUGUCUGCCUUGCAGACCAGUAUAAAUCAACAAGAUAUGCAACAGUCUCCUCUUUAUUCCCCUCAGAACAACAUGCCUGGAAUUCAAGGAGCCACAUCUUCGCCUCAAUCACAGGCUACUUUAUUUCACAACACAGCAGGAGGCACAAUGAACCAACUGCAGAAUUCUCCUGGCUCAUCUCAGCAGACAUCAGGAAUGUUCUUAUUUGGCAUUCAAAAUAACUGUAGUCAGCUUUUAACCUCUGGACCAGCUACAUUGCCAGAUCAGUUGAUGGCCAUAAGUCAACCAGGCCAACCACAAAACGAGGGCCAGCCACCUGUGACAACACUUCUUUCUCAGCAAAUGCCAGAGAAUUCUCCACUGGCAUCCUCUAUAAACACCAACCAGAACAUCGAAAAGAUUGAUUUGCUUGUUUCAUUGCAAAACCAAGGGAACAACUUGACUGGCUCCUUUUAACUGGAUAUAAAUUCCACGAAGAAAAUCCUGAUUCCAAGAUGUCCUGAGAUCUUGUGGUUCCAUAUGAGAAUUAUUACUUUAAAAACAAAACAAAAUAUGAAAAACUGUGUUUGAGUAAACUGAUAGAUUUUACUCUGACUGCAAAAGAGCACACCUAUGCUGCUUGUUGCAGUGACUAACCACCAAUGUUAACAUCUUCAUAUUUUAUAUUCCUAAUAACAGUGAUGACUGAGAAUCUAUUUGAGUUUCCAGCUGGCAGAAUUAAUUGUUAUUAUUUUCCUAGGCGCAAUUUCCUUAAACGUACAGUUUAAAUUCAAGGCUGGACCACUCAGUUAUUAUUGCUAUUAGAAAAUAAUAUAUCAUGUUUACUUUUGUUCUUCAUUAUUUUCUUUCCUGCAUUGUUUUAGUCAAGUAAUGGCUUUUGAAAAAGUAAGGUUCAAUAAUAACUAAGGCUGUGAUUUUUUUCAAUAUAAAAGGCACAGCUGUUGGCCAAAGUGAAGGAAUCUUUUUUCAGUUUUAUUGGAGAAACUGAAGGGUAACAUUCUAACAAGUAAACUGUAUGUGCAGAUAAAAGUACUCUUGAUUUAACACAAAGGCAGAUGAUACACUUAUAAAACUGGGAACAGCUGGAAUGCUAUUGAUUUUAUUUUUUCAGAGAGUUGUUAGUUCUCUGGGUUUCUACUAAGGGGUUUAGCCAUAACUGUGCAUAGAAAAAUAAUUAUCUUUAUCUGUAAAAAAUGAAGGGGAUAAUAUAUGAUAAAUUAUGUUCUGAUAUCCUCCUACAGUAGUUUAAAUUGACAGAAAAAUUUGAAUGUUUUCUUCUUAACCCAGUCUUAGGCUGGUAUUCCCUUUUUAUAUAUAUCUAUAUUACUUUUCACCUCUUUUUCACUUUACUUUAGAGAACUAUUAAUAUACUACUGGCUUCAUGACCCUGUAGCAUCUUUGGCCACUUUAAUCUAGGGUGACCUAGCAAUCCUGCAGCACAGGGCAGAGAGUACUGUCUUAGGAAUUAUUGGGAGUUGAUUCCUGAGAAACAACACAUUUUUCCCCAUGAACGGUGCUGUUCUGAAGUCUUCAAAUUUUUCCCUCUAAUAGGAAACAGUAUAAAUUUUAAUUAAAAAAAAAAGGCAAACUAAAAUUUUUUGAAAUAUCACUUCUCCCUGAUCUGCAGUGAGUAUAAAUUCACUUGUCACCUCAGUGCUUUACAGUUUGAAGUGGUCACUUACCUGAUGGUUCCCACAAGCCUUAGGCUUUACAGGGUCAUAUCAUUGACUUAAAAUGAAGAAUUAACUUGUGUUACAUCUAUAAAGAGCAAAAUAACACACUCCAGAACUUGGCAGUUGUAGCAUUAGUUAUACAGUUUUGGGUGUUCUUGCCACCUUUGGGAUGCCUGCUUCUCACUACCACCUGUGUCUGGACACAUGCUUAUGUCUCAUUUUCCUUUUGGCAUGUGGAAAAGCUGUCAAUGCAGUGUAAGGCCAACGUGUGUGUGGCUUCUAUGUGUUGAGAUAAUGUUUUGGUAUCCUUGUCCGUUUCAUUUAUUUUUUAAGUGUACAAAAAAUAACCUGUUAAUUGUUGAAGGCUACUUUUCUGUUCUUUUUUUUUUUUUUUUUCUAUCCUGUACAUUUAGUUGAACUGUGUGGAAUUGUGGUGUUGGUUUUGUUUACACAGCCAGAUUUUUCCUUCUUUUUGUUUUGUGAUGAUCUUCCUUUAUUCUUUGAAUGUGCUCUUUUGUCUUUUUCUCUUUUUUCUCAUGUUUUCUUCCCUCCACCUCCACCCCUUUCUUUCUUUCUCUCUCUGAUUGAGAGGCAUUGAAUUACGUUUUCAGUAGUACAGGCUUCUUGCCGAUAUGAAGGGAACUUUUCAGAAAGAGACCUACUCUGGGUCAUUUAAUUUUGAAUACAGUUUUCAAUCGUUCAAGUUUUGGAUGGUUUAUAUCUAACGUGUGUUUCAUUUUUUUGGAAAGCUAUAUUUUGUAUUUAGGAAAUGGUAUACUAUUUUGCUAUUUGUACUGAGUGAGUACAUUGGCAUAAAUAUAGAAAUUUAUAUAUAUACAUAUAUAUAAACUAUUCUUUUUUGCCACACAUUUUUGUGGUAAAUUUGUGAGUUUGUCUGAUGUUCUACCACAACGUGGCGUCUGAUAACAGUGAGGGGGGGUGGGGUUUGUUAUGUCUUUAUUGAGUAUUUAAGUAUCUUUUGAAACAAAUGACCUGUUCAUCUGUGGCCAUUCCAUCAGGCAGUUCCUUGAUGUCAGUAGUGGGCUAAAGGCAGCUUACUGUGUGUUUGCUGGAGCUUUCACUCAGCCAAGUGUUAGAGUCAGGAAACCCAUUGAGGCAAUGGCGUCAAAUGGUGUUUCACAAGAAUGAGCCAUUCAGUCUUUGCUCACUAUAUAUUUAAUAUUUUAUUAUUGUUGUUAUUGUUAUUAUUAAUUGGCUUUCUGUAUUCUAUGCCUUUUAUUUAUAAAGACACUAAGAAAACCCAUGUUUGUAAUUUUAAUAACAUUUUUCCCAUCUUGUAAUAUCCAGAGCUACUUUAUAAAUUCUCUGAACCAAAAGUAUUUUCCUCAGUGUAUCUCUUCUCCCCCAGCCCCUAUUGGGAAAAAUUACCCAGUAUAGUUCAGGUUAUGAGGAGGAUCAGCCACACAAUCCAGUGCUUCAGUUUGAAAAUGUAAAACUCUAACCCUAAAGUAGGGUUGGUUGAAAUUUCAGACAAAGCAAACCCAGCAGGUAUAAAAAGUAGUAUAAAUAAAAAUCUGUAAGUUAUUUUUGAAUUUUCUGAACUUUUUUCUAAGAGAUUACAUAGGAGACUAAAGAAAUCUAUCUGUUCACCAAGUUCUAAUUAGGAUGAUUGUUACUACUGCACUGUGGAUGAAGUGGCGACUGGCUUGUGUGCUGACUUCUGUGGUUUAGCAAGAGGUUUAUUGUUAUCAAAUGCUAAUUGGCAAUGCCAAGUCACUGGGACCAAUUUUCUGUUUUAUAAUAUCUAAGUUUAGAACAGAAUAUAUACCUGAACUGUAGUGGUUUGAUCGGAUGGAGACAGAAAACCCGAUUUUUAUUCUCAUAAAUUUUGUGGUUAUUUAUACAAGGGCUGUGCUAUGCUACCAUAUUCUUGUUCAAUAAUAAUAGGUUUGUUGUUUUUUUUACAUUGUUAAAUGUUCCUUACCCCUAAAGGUCAAUGUUAAGUACAACAUUCUGAAAAUACAAUUUGGCUACAAAGAGUAUUCAUCUUCUUUGAAGCUCAGUGGUUGAUAUUUGUGCUAAUAAUGCAAUUUCCUGAUUACUGUUACAAGUUAUAGCUACAUAUGGGAGAGACUCAGUGAGCCAGCAAAGGCCAUAGAAACAACAAUUUAUUAAAUGUAUUUAUGGCAGAAGGACCUAAAUAAACUGUGAGCCACCUUUUCUUCUUUAUAUUGUUACAUUUAAGUGUUCUUGCUUUCAGCAACUCACAUUAAUGCUUGGAGCUUAUCUCUUUCUCUUCUCUCUCUCUCUCUCUCUCUCUCUCUCUCUCUCUCUCUCUCUCUCUCUCUCUCUCUCUCUCCCCCUCUCUCUGUGUGUGUGUGUGUGUGUGUGUGUGUGAUUCCUUAUUGUCAUUCCAUUAUAUAUCCACACCAACAUGGGUGACGAUAAUUCAAAGUCAUAUUUUGCCUCUAAGCUUGAUCAUGUUACCUUUAUGAUUAAAGUAUCAUGUUAUUUAGCCAAUGCAAAUCUGUUUUAAAACAAAUAGUUUUAAAAAAGAACAAGUUUUUAAGGGCUUUAUUAUAGAAGAAGUAUUAAUGAAGGACUUUCCUUCCUCCCUCCCUUUCCUCCCCUCCCUGCCUCCCUUCUUCCCUUCCAUCUCCCCCUCCUCCCUGCCUUGUUUCUCCUUCCCUUAUUCCUCCCUCCCUCCUUUCUCCCUUCCUUCCUUUCUUCCAUCCAUCCUUCCUUGCCUUUUAUUUUAUUUUUAUUUUUUGUAAUAUCACAUGUGCUGUAGUUUGGAAUUUUAUUCUAGUGCAUUUCUUGCUCAUCAGAACCUCAGCUAAUCUACCUAGGAAAAAUAGUAUCAAAGGAAAUGAGAAAGUUGUAUCUGAGUCCCUCCAGAACUAAGAUAAUUCUUUUUGACCAUUUAAGCCUUUAUAAAUGCUUGUUUUAGGAAAGUGAAUCUGUUAGAUGCAUCAACAAAUAAUGACCAGGACAAAACGAUUUAAUAAUUAAAGUCUCAAAUUCACCAUGGUUAUACAUUUUCACCAGAAAUAGUAAUCUUACAAUUUUUCAUUUUUCUGAUGAAGAUUUCUGUUCCAAUAUCUGUUUCCUAAUAGAUUUUUUAAAUUAAUUAGCUUUCCUCUGCUUUAUGACCAUAGGUUUUAUCCCUAACCAAGACAGCUGUCUUAUAUCUGCAUGCUUUAGACUGUGUGGAGGGACUCCAUGAAGAAAGACCAUAGGUUAGAAAAAUAACUCAUAGUAUAUACCCUAGUAAGUGGGUUAGUAGAAUCUCAUAACAUGUAUUAAAAAGAGGUUUUCUUCUCUGCUUGUUUGUGUCACUAGAGCAAAAUUGUAGAGAUAAUGCUCAUAAUGCAGUAAAUAUCAGAAUAAUAUCUACAAUAUCAUUUGUGGAUGGUCCCAGGUCCCAGUGCUCUAGUUACUUUACUUCUUUUUUUUUUUUUUUUUUUUUUUUUGAGAUGGAGUCUUGCUCUGUCUCUCAGGCUAGAGCAGUGUGUGAUCUCAGCUCACUGCAGCCUCCACCUCCCAGGUUCAAGCGAUUCUCCUGCCUCAGCCUCCCAAGUAGCCAAGAUUACAGGCACCCUCCACUAGGCCCGGCUAAUUUUUUUUGUAUUUUUUUAGUAGAGAUGGGGUUUUGCCAUGUUGGCCAGGCUGGUUUCAAACUCCUAACCUCCAGUGAUCCACCUGCCUCGGCUUCCCAAAGUGCUAGGAUUACAGACAUGAGCCACCACAUCCGGCCUAAUUACUUCUUUAAUCCCCAUUUAUUUUUAUGCCAUUCUAGCCUCAUUUAUUAAUAAAAUUAUGUUUUUACUUUCUCUUUCAGGAAAUUUUUAAAUUAAUAUUUUAUAUCUAGAUCAAAUGCUAUGGAAAAGUGCCUUUUUAUCAUUUAUAAUUUCAUUUUUCACUAUUUCCAAAAACACAUAAACAAAUAGUUGCAGUAGGUCCCAGCUUUCACUUUUUCCAUUUAAACCUUCUUUUCUCCAUUUCUUCCCUUUGGCUUAAGAAUAAAAGAGAAGGUACAUUGCUAGAAUUGUUUCUUUGGGAGAGGGUAAAAGAUUACAGAAUUAGACUGUUCACCCUUUAUAUAAAUUAAAUUUGUCUUCAUCUCAACCAGCUAAUCGUAGGUCUUAUCUGAAUACUGAUGAGAAUUUUAGCAUCUGUGAAACUCCAUGCACCAGAUGUGUGUAAAUUUUGGGAAGAAAGUGUUGAAAGCAUUUUCUCUUAUGUUAAUUAGAUGGAAAUAAAUCACUAAAACAUAGUUUAGGUAAAGCCUGAUUAUGCCACUUUUUUUUAACUAGACAGGGCAAAGUUGUUUAUGUUAAUGUACUUCUUGUCUAUCCUCAGUUAAUUUACCUAGACAAAAAGUGUCAAAGGAAAUGAGAAAAAGGUUAUAUCUGACUCCCUCCAGACCUAAGAUAAUUCCUUUUGAUCAGAUACAGUCAGAUGGAGUGCCUUGGUUUUUGUUAAUUUUGCCUCUAUUCCAGCUCCUUACCACAGCGGUGGUGCUUAAAGAAAGGAUCAUCAGCAACAGGUCAGGAUAGUUUUACCUUUGGGAUAGGGCUGCUUUCCCCGUGCUAGUAUUUCUGUGACUGUUAGUGGCACUGAGGACUGCAAACUUUUAUGCAAUAUUCUUAAUACCCUAUUGAUAUUAUGCACUUUAAUCAUUCCAAAGAAGCCAAGAAUGCUGUAUAGUGAUGAUUCCUUCCUAAUAAAUUCAUCUUAACUAUUUAGAAUGUUAUGUCCCUUUUCUUUUGGAUAGCCAACUUGGUAUAAAUGUUAUAUGGAUUUUUCUAAAAUGACUGUAUAGGACUUAAGACUUUGAAAUGUAAUUUACUUAUAAGGGGAAAUAAUUAUGCUUUAGCACAUCAUUUUAGAAACAUCACAUUUUAGAAACAUUCAGCUUGCUAACCUACAUGUUUGGGAAUUCAUUAAAACCAGUUGUCUAUAUAUUUUGUGCCAUGUAUAUAAGAACAUUACAAUAUAUCUUUUUCUACAUAUGUAGUAUGUGCAACCAGUGGUUCUCAGAGUAUGGUUCUCAGCCCACCAGCUAGUAUCAGUAUCACCUGGGAACUAGUUAGAAAUGUAAAUUCUUCGGCCCCAUCCCAGACAUCCUGAGUCAGAAACUCUGGAAUAGGGCCCCGCAGUCUGUUUUCACAAGCCGUCCAGGUGAUUCUGAUGCACACUUUAAAGUUUAGGAACCACUGGGCUAAGACUCUGUUGAGAUAUAGAGUUUUUCUUCCACUUAGACUGAUACAGUUAUACAUUGUUCUUCAUGUAAAUUCAGCUUAACCUGGUUAUCUAUAAUCUUUUAUUGGCAAAAGUUUAUUCUCAGUACUGCCUAUAGAGAUAUAGUGUAUUUUAUGUACAUACACAAUUAGUCUAAUUCUUGAUAAUUCAGUUAAUUUAGUUUGGCAUUUUCCUACCACUUACUAAAAAGUUUACAUUAAAUGACUGAUUUAAAUAUAUAGGUGCAAUGUUCUAUGUUUAUUUUAAUUGUUAUGACAUUUAAGUAGCUAAUAUAAUUGACCGGUGCUAAAGUCUCCUGUUUAUCCAUAAAAUGGGUACAUUAUGGGCAGUGUAAUACAAGCUUUCUUUUCAUUGCCUAGUACUUUACCAGCAGACCACAGUUUUGCCCUGGCUAGACCAACCCUCAGAACAAAAUCAUCAUUCCUUGUAUUUACAUUUGUAUCUGAGAUAGUAAACAAGAUGGCUGGCCAGGUCAACAUGGCACCUUAACUUAUUUUUUUAAUAGGUAAAACUUCUUCAAAAGUUGCUUGCUUUGUAUAAGAACUAAGCUAUCAGUAGAGAUAUAGCUAUCCUUGGAGCUUAUGUUUCAGACAAGAAUUAUUUACUAAAAUAAAUAAACAAGAUAACGCAUUAUACAAUUUGGGCAUUUCUCCUUUCUCAAGUGUAUGCAUCAUGGUAAAUAUAAACUAACCACAAGAUAGGUAGAUUGAUUCAUUUCAUUUUAAUCUCCUUGUGUAAUUCAGUACCUCCAUAAUUGUUCUAAUCUUCUUCCCACUGUUUACAAAUUACCAGUUAAUUAACUCAUGAAAGAAAAAUUCACAUAUCAGAAUAAAAAUAAAUGUAUACUCUAUAAAAAUCACCACUGCUAUCUUUCCUUAAUACUAGCAGUGGAAAUGUAAGUGGCUUACUCUACAAAUUUUGGUGCUGGCAAAUACAUAGGCAAACUGUUGGGAGCUGCUCUAGUUACAUUCCUCCCUUCUUAUUCCCUUUUUCUCUUCCUCACUUUAUUGCAUAACAUAUUCCUGUACCCAAAGCAUUCUACCACAGUUCUAUUUGACUCCCACUUGUAAUAACUCCUUUAAAAAAUUCCGUGUUUAACCAUAUGACCCUGCUUGCUUACUCGUAUUCUCCCUCCCUGUCCCCUUCCUUUCUCUCUCUUCCAGAAGUCAUUUGCCUGGUUUGAAAUAUUUUGUAGGGAUUGCUUAUUAUUAUUAUUUUAGCUGAUGAACCUCAGGACAACAUCUACACACACACACAUACAUACACGCACACAAAAUCUCAGCUGUUGAAGAGUGGGCUUGGAAUCAGACUUCUGUGUCCAGUAAAAAACUCCUGCACUGAAGUCAUUGUGACUUGAGUAGUUACAGACUGAUUCCAGUGAACUUGAUCUAAUUUCUUUUGAUCUAAUGAAUGUGUCUGCUUACCUUGUUUCCUUUUAAUUGAUAAGCUCCAAGUAGUUGCUAAUUUUUUGACAACUUUAACUGAGUUUCAUUCACUUCUUUUACUUAGUGUUUUAAGUAUAGUACCAAUAAUUUCAUUAACCUGUUCUCAAGUGGUUUAGCUACCAUUCUGCCAUUUUUAAUUUUUAUUUAAUUUUAUUUGCUUGAGCACACUGAUCAACCACUGAACUGCCUUCUUCCAUUGUCCUGCAGUGAUAUAAGGGUUACAUUUUUGUGUAUAUGGCUUUCAUAGUUGGGAUUUCAGAGCACUGAUACCAGAUAUUUUCAGUUUGUUCUCUGGGGGAAUUUCAUUUGCAUCUAUGUUUUUAGCUAUCUGUGAUAACUUGUUAAAUAUUAAAAAGAUAUUUUGCUUCUAUUGGAACAUUUGUAUACUCGCAACUAUAUUUCUGUAAACAGCUGCAGUCAAAAAUAAAACACUGAAAGUUUUCA